UACAUACAUCAGAUGAAUGUGACCAAAAACAAGAAGAUUAUAAGAAGAAAUGGCAUGCGUGCAAAUACUAACCACAACCAUGUCCAUUUUAAUGCCAUAGAUGCCCCCACUGCUGCAUUACACCUAUCCGCUCGGCUUUUUAAUCUGAGAGUUUCAGACUAAUAUUUCUCCAAUUUCUCAGGAGAACACAUAGAGACUCUCACGCAACAUGGCCUUUCCUUCUAACCCCUUCUCUUUCAUUCCCUUCUUCUUCUUCUUCUUCCUCUUUCUCAUACCUCUAAGCUUCUCAUCCUCAUCGGAUGGUCCUCAGAACUUUAUCGUUCACGUGGCUAAAUCACAGAAGCCCUCUCUCUUCUCCUCCCAUCACCACUGGUAUAACUCCAUCAUCAAAUCCCUCCCUGCUUCCUCUCACCCUUCCAAGCUUCUCUACUCCUACGACAAAGCCAUCCAUGGCUUCUCCGCCAGUCUCACCGCCUUUCAGGCUGAUAAGCUUCGCGACCUCCCCGCUAUUCUCUCGGUGAUUCCUGAUCAAGCCCGUCAGCUCCACACCACUCACACCCCUAACUUUUUAGGCCUCGCCGAUAAUUUCGGCCUCUGGCCUAACUCCGAUUAUGCCGACGAUGUCAUCGUCGGAGUCCUCGAUACCGGAAUUUGGCCUGAACGGCCGAGCUUUUCCGAUGCCGGGCUUUCGCCUGUUCCGUCGACCUGGAAAGGAAAAUGCGAGCUUUCCGAUGCCUUUCCGGCUUCGGCUUGUAACCGGAAGAUAAUCGGUGCCAGAACAUUUUACAAGGGAUAUGAGGAAUACAGAAGAAGACCCAUUGACGAAUCGAAGGAAUCGAAAUCCCCAAGAGACACACAAGGUCAUGGGACCCACACGGCGUCUACGGCUGCCGGAGCUCUGGUUUCGAAUGCGAGCUUUUAUCAUUACGCUAAUGGUGUAGCCAGAGGUAUGGCUACAAAAGCCCGUAUUGCGGCCUACAAGAUCUGCUGGGCCUCUGGUUGUUUCGAGUCCGACAUUUUGGCUGCCAUGGACCAAGCGAUUGCCGAUGGGGUUCAUGUAAUUUCGCUCUCCGUUGGGUCUUCCUAUGUCUCUCCGUACGACUCUGAUUCCAUAGCAGUCGGGGCGUUUGGAGCUACCCGACAUGGAAUCGUCGUUUCUUGCUCGGCAGGAAAUUCCGGUCCUGGUCCAUCUACUGCAUCCAACAUCGCUCCUUGGAUUCUAACUGUCGGUGCUUCCACCAUCGACAGAGAAUUCCCUGCCGAUGUGAUUCUAGGCGAUGACAGAGUUUUCAGCGGAGUAUCUCUGUAUUCUGGAGAUCCCCUUGUGGAUUUCAAGCUUCCAUUGAUCUACGCUCAAGACGCUGGAGAUAGAUACUGCCGUCUUCUCCAACCAUCAAAAGUGACCGGAAAAAUCGUCGUCUGCGAUCGUGGAGGUAAUGCUAGAGUUGCAAAAGGAAGCGUGGUGAAGCUCGCCGGCGGUCUGGGAAUGAUAUUGUCUAAUACAGAGGACAGCGGCGAAGAACUCAUCGCUGAUUCCCAUCUUAUUCCGGCAACUACAGUGGGUCAGAUGGCCGGUGACAAAAUCAAGGAGUAUAUCAAAUUUAGCCAAUACCCAACUGCCAGCAUAACCUUCAGAGGAACUGUAAUUGGGUCUUCACCUCCGGCUCCAAAGGUCGCAUCAUUCUCGAGCCGCGGUCCAAAUCCUCUGACCCCAGAGAUUCUGAAACCUGAUAUUAUAGCUCCUGGUGUCAACAUUUUGGCUGCUUGGACAGGUUCUACUAGUCCCACAGAUUUAGACAUUGAUCCAAGACGUGUUGAAUUCAAUAUAAUUUCAGGGACUUCAAUGUCUUGUCCGCAUGUUAGUGGGAUCGCUGCUCUGCUUCGAAAGGCUCACCCGGAUUGGUCUCCUUCUGCUAUAAAAUCUGCCCUCGUCACAACCGCUUACACUGUGGACAAUUCCGGGAAGAAUAUUGAAGAUCUUGGAAGUGGGAAAGAAUCCACACCCUUUAUCCAUGGAGCAGGACAUGUGGAUCCCAAUAGAGCUCUUAAUCCAGGAUUGGUCUAUGAUUUGAAUGGUGAUGAUUAUGUGGCAUUUUUAUGCUCCAUUGGAUACGAUUCCAAGCGUAUAGCAGUAUUUCUUGGUGAGCCUGCUGGUGCAGAUAUAUGUGCAAGGAAAGUGGCUAUCACUGGGAAUUUAACAAGUCCUGGUGAUCUGAAUUAUCCAUCGUUUUCAGUGGUUUUCAAUUCCAAUCGAGAUAGGGUUAAGUAUAAGAGGGUUGUUAAAAAUGUUGGGAGUGAAGUUGAUGCUGUUUAUGAAGUGAAUGUGAGUGCACCUCCUGGGGUUGAAAUCAAUGUGUUGCCUAGCAAGCUUGUGUUUAGUGCAGAGAAUCAAACUCAGGCUUAUGAAAUUACAAUAUCGACCGGGAUUGGGUACGGUGGUGGUGGUGGUUCGGAUAGAUUCGGUUCGAUCGAAUGGACGGAUGGGAGUCAUGGAGUGAGAAGCCCGGUUGCUAUUAGAUGGAGCAGUGCAGGAUCCAUAGCUUCCAUAUGAGUUGUGGCAGCUCUAUGUAUGUUACUACCUACUACUAUUAGGGGAGAAUUGAACAUUUGUGGUUUUUAUUGGUCUUGUGCAAUACUGUUGUAACUUAUUGUGCCUAUUGAUGAAGGUUUAAGGAUACAUUGUACUUGCUGAAGGAAAUGUAUUGAUAUUUUCUUUAGACAAAUGAUUUAAGGAUACUUUCUACUUGCUGAAGGAAAUGCAUUGCAUUUUUAUUUAGACAAAUAAAAUUUUGUAAAGCACGCAAUUUUUUUU